AGAGAGGGAGGCCAAUGGAUUACUCACUUACCUGGACGGGGUCAAUGGUUGAUCAAGAAGGUCCAUGGCCUAAGUUGGCGACCUCCAUUGCACUCAGGAGGGGCGUUAGCUUAAGGUCGGCCCAAGUGGUCGAGCCUACGUCAUAAUUUGUGCUAGUGGGGGCCUGCGUUCGCGCGGCCCCCGUCAAUUCUCUAGUCAAUUUUUUCUUUUAAUUUCGUCCUUCAAUCGGAAUUCAUAUUAUUUCAUUUUCGCUUUGAGUCCUCAAACCAGUAAUGGCUGAAUAUCAGGAAGAUGUCGAGAUCGAUAAACCGUUGUUGCUGAGAACUUCCCAUAACAUGACUGGUUUGCUUGUUUCCUGUAUUUCUAGUCUUUAACUUUCCUUUUUUUCUUGGUAUUCAGCAAGAAGUCAACUGUUUUUCGUGAUCAUUGAUAAGAACCUUGUAAAAUGACCACCGAUUUAGAUAAACUUGUUGAAAGCUGUCUUCAUAGAUGUAGGUUUUUGUGGUUCUAUUUAUUUAAAACGCUCAUCUGUUUUCGCUUCAGUAGAUUAUGCACACCAGGUGUUUGUGAAAAUGAAAAUCUAACCACUCAUAUUUCUAGUCACAGCCAACACUAAUGAAACGAACCCCAUAAUUGAUUUUGGAACAUUAUAUCGAUGGUUUCUUAGAUGUCCAUUUGGUUAUUGAUGAAGGGAAUGUAUGGACAGCUGUUGCACAUAUAAUAACCGCAGUAAUAGGGUCAGGAGUUCUAUCUCUGUCUUGGAGUGUAGCACAGCUUGGAUGGGUUGCUGGUCCAUUGACUCUCCUUCUAUUUGCACUUGUCACCUUCCUAAAUGCAUCCCUUCUCACCAAUUUCCAUCAUUAUUCAGACCCUAUCAAUGGACAAACCAUUACCAAUCAUUCCUACGUGCAAGCUGUACAAAACCUAUUAGUUUUCCUAAUGUCACAGGGGGUUUGAGUGCGAGGAUUUGUGCAUUCUUGGCUUACUUCAACUUAUUCAAGUUAGGAGUUGUUUACACAAUUACAUCUGCAAUCAGCAUUAGAGCAAUUGAGCAGUCGAAUUGUUACCAUGAACAAGGGCAUGAAGCUGAUUGUGAAUAUGCCCUGACUUCUUACAUGCUUUUAUUUGGAAUUAUUCAAAUCAUAGCUUCUCAAAUACCCAAUUUCCAUACUACAAAAUGGCUCUCGGUUACUGCUGCAAUUAUGUCCUUCACGUAUUCCCUCAUUGGAUCCGGACUUGGGUUAGCCCAUACAAUAGGAAACGGAAAGAUUGAAGGUAGCAUAGGUGGAGUUCCAACUGAUAAACCGAUUCAGAAAGUAUGGUUGGUUGCUCAAGCUAUUGGAGACAUCGCAUUCUCCUAUCCUUUUCCUUUAGUUUUUCUUGAAAUACAGAGUACAUUGAAAUCACCUCCACAUAAAGAAGUCACCAUGAAGAAGGCCUCAAGUAUUGCAGUUUUUACGACUACCAUUUUUUACCUCUGUUGUGGUGGAUUUGGAUAUGCAGCAUUCGGGAACUCGACUCCUGGGAACAUCUUAACCGGGUUUGGAUUUUACGAACCGUAUUGGCUCAUUGAUUUGGCUAACGCAUGUGUUUUCCUUCACUUAAUUGGAGGAUAUCAGAUAUUUUGUCAGACGUUAUACGCGAUAGUGGAAAGAUGGUAUGCUGAAAAGUACGCUGGAAGUGAAUUCAUGAGUGAUUUUGAGAUUUUGGAGAUUAGGUUGAAUCCUGUUCGGUUGUGUUUUAGAACAUCAUAUGUGGUAUUAACGACAAGCAUAGCAAUGGUAUUCCCUUAUUUCAAUGAAGUGGUUGCGUUUGCAGGAUCAGUCACCUUCUGGCCAUUGGUUGUUUACUUCCCUAUUGAGAUGUAUUUUGUGCACAAAAUGAUUGUAUCUUGGACAUUCAAGUGGGUUCUUCUUCGUAUCUUCACCAUUGUUUGUUUGUUUGUAUCGAUAUUUGCUUUGAUUGGUUCUAUUCAAGGACUGAUUGCCAAAAGAUUUGGCUAAAACACCAAACUAGGCUAUACAUUAUGUACUCUUAACUACUAUUUACAACUUAUCAUAUAGACCUUAUUAUGCUUUAUACAUAUAAAUAAAUGGGGGGUUGCUAGAA